GUGUAAAUAAAUACUCGAGAAACUUGUGCAGGCUUAUUUUAAAACUUAUUUCUCAUGUUGCGCUCAAUGUCCAUCGCCGCUGGUCGCAGUCUGACUUUGGCCAGCACGACACGAUCUGUUAUGCCUCGUAUGGCACCAGGUAUGCCGAUCGCGACGUUCCAUCGCUACUAUUCAGCCAAGAACUCCACGACAUCCGUGUCUGGUUUAGCAUUCAAGAAGGCAAACCGUCACCACCGACAACUUCCCUUCGUUCCAACCAUACAGCCAUCAGCAGAGGAGGCUGUCAAUAACAUUCUUUAUAACACUCCUGGACCUGCCAGUGGACCAGAAACACGCCAUAUUCUUAACUGCCUUGUCCGAAAUGAGCCUGGUGUUCUUAGCAGAGUUUCUGGUGUUUUGGCUGCAAGAGGUUUCAACAUUGAUUCCCUGGUCGUCGCCAACACUGAGGUCCCCGAUCUUUCUCGUAUGACCAUCGUAUUUAAGGGUCAAAACACCCCCAUUGAGCAAGCACGAAGACAAUUAGAGGAUGUGGUGCCUGUGUGGGCUGUACUGGAUUACACAAACACAAAAUUGGUUGAGAGGGAGCUUUUGCUUGUCAAGACUUCCAUCCUUGGCCCCGAAAUGCUUCACAAGCAACUUCCUGACACCUACCAGGAAGAUCAUGAGCAUGAAAUCAGUGAUGAUGAUGAAGAGGGUUCUGGAUCUUCUCACUUGCGAAAAACCUUCUCUCACCUCCGUGCUUUGACCGAACUUGCUCGUCUUUUCGACGGUAAGGUUGUUGAUGUCUCUUCCGACUCUGUCAUCAUUGAGCUUUGCGCCAAGCCCAGCAGAAUCAACUCUUUCAUGAAACUUCUCAAGCCAUUUGGUAUUUUGGAAGCCUCCAGAACAGGCGCCAUGGCUAUGCCUAGAUCCCCCGUUCUGGAUCACUAUGAACCACAACAAGAGCACGCCAUUGAAGAUGACAACGGCGUUGACGCUUCUAUGCUUCCUCCCGGUUAAAUUUAAUAUCAUCCACUUCCAAGAAUUCAAAGUUGUAUUUAGCAGCAUCCUGUGUAGAAUAAAAGAAUCUGUUUUUGAAAUAAAAAAGAAAAAAAAAAUUGACGGUGUCCAAGGUUUUCAGCUGACAGCCAUGACGGAGAU